AUGCAGCUUUUCCGUGGUGUGACCACACUUCCACCAACUCCCGAGACCGUCGCAGUGCUUGCCGGGCUUGGAUUUGACGAUUUGGGUCUGUGGACAGCCCAGGCAGAUCAGCUGAAGGAGAUGCUGCUUCCGAAACUCCCCUGUCUCUGCCUUGCGGUGCCUAGUUCCCACCAGCUUUCGCAACGCAUGGCACAGACAACGAGGCAAUGAGCAGAGCCACUUGUCCGCUCUAGCCGCCUGGGUUCGGGGUCGAUACCCAGGCCCGAGCACUAUUCUUGGACUCCAGACUACCCCUCCUCCCCGUGGUGGGCAUCCCACCUGCUCCCUGGAAUGCGGGGUCUAGGCAGGCCUUACUGGGAAGCUUUCGAGGGCGGCGCAGUUGAUUGGCCCGGUUCCGCUUUCGGAGAACUCCCAUUGCGUCGCACCACGCUAAUGACCAGGUCACGCCAUGCAAACAAAAGAGCCUUUGCAGAUCGGAAAUUCACUGACCUGUGCAAACGUCGUCGUCGCUGGGCUCGCUGAGGCGCCAAUGUCACCGCUCUAAAGAAAGCCCAUGUGGGGGCUUGUCUGGUUGGGAGGGCUCCA